AUGGCUAAUACAGGACUACUCAUGCGUCUGAUUUCUUCCAUUCUCUUGCUCUUCUUGUUGAGCAGCAUCAGUACUACUGCCCAACCUACGGGCUUCGCGUGUACAGAUCCUUCAGGAGUUAAUCACACCACAAAUAGCACCACAUAUCUAGCCAAUCUCAACCUCCUCUUCAAUUCUCUCUCCACAAAUGCUAUCUCUUCUGAUACUGGAUUCUCUAACACCACCAUCGGUUAUGGUUCAGACAAGGUCUAUGGUCUCUUCCUAUGUAGAGGCGAUAUCACACACCAAGAUUGUCAAAAUUGCGUGUUGACCGCAAGUGAAGAGAUCAAACCAAUUUGUUCAAACAUGAUCACAGCAAUAUCUUGGUACGAUUAUUGUCUAAUUCGGUAUUCAAACCAAUCCAUCUUCUCAAUUUUGCAACAAGAACCAGUCACUUAUCGUUCUGGUCCAAGCGAUGUCACCAACUUGGAUAAGUAUAAUCAGACAGUAAGAGAUUUGAUGUCUGGUCUUGUGAGAGAAGCUGCCUAUGGUUCUUCUACUCCAAAAUACUAUGCAGCAGGUCAAGUGAACUACUCUACAGGGUAUAACACAGUGUAUGGCCUGGUUCAGUGUACUCCAGAUAUAACUAAGGAUGAGUGCAAUAGAUGCUUAUCUGGGAGUGUUUCUGAUAUUCCAAAGAAACACUAUCUCUUUUUUCAAUCAACAAAUAAAAGGAGCAAUUCGACUGUAAAUGUCACCGUUGUAGUCAUUAUUGUGAUUGCUGGGACAAUUACAAUCAUAAUAAUCAUUGUCCUCUAUCUACGGUUAGGGAGGAAACACAAGCUCAAAGUUGAAGAACCGGUAGAGGGAGAGCUAAUGUUGAGAUUGUCCAUGUCAGCUAUUACGUGGUGA